GCUGAUAAGAAGGAUUCACAAGGGAAUAAUACAGUGUCAGGAUUUGAAAUUCUUCUUCAAAAGCAACUUAAAGGGAAACAAAUGCAGAAAGAAAUGGCAGAGUUUGUUCGAGAAAGGAUAAAGAUUGAGGAGGAAUAUGCUAAGAACCUGUCCAAACUGUCUCAGAAUUCCUUGGCUGCUCAGGAAGAAGGCACACUAGGAGAGGCUUGGGCUCAGCUAAAGAAGAGUCUAGCUGAUGAAGCAGAGGUUCACCUCAAAUUUUCUUCUAAGCUUCAGAGUGAGGUGGAGAAACCCCUGCUUAACUUCAGAGAGAACUUUAAGAAAGACAUGAAGAAGUGUGACCACCAUAUUGCAGACUUACGGAAGCAUCUGGCCAGCCGCUACACAGCAGUUGAAAAGGCCCGGAAAGCUUUGACAGAGAGACAGAAGGAUCUGGAAAUGAAAACACAGCAGUUAGAGGUGAAGCUCAGCAACAAGACAGAAGAGGAAAUUAAGAAGGCAAGACGGAAGUCCACUCAGGCAGGGGAUGACCUGAUGCGCUGCGUGGAUCUUUACAAUCAAGCCCAGUCCAAGUGGUUUGAGGAGAUGGUGACCACCACUCUGGAGCUUGAGAGACUGGAAGUUGAAAGGGUGGAAAUGAUUCGUCAGCAUCUUUGCCAGUAUACGCAGCUGCGGCAUGAGACAGACAUGUUCAACCAAAGCACAGUAGAGCUCGUGGAUCAGUUGCUUCGGAAAGUGGAUCCUGCCAAAGACAGGGAACUAUGGGUAAAGGAACACAAAACUGGAGACAUCCGACCUGUGGACAUGGAAAUAUAGACUGAUCUAUGUGAUGAGUCCACUGAGUUAACCAGGCUAAUGUUUGUUUUUAAGGGUAAGAAAAGCAUAGGGAAAAGGUUGUUCCACUACCAGACACCUUGUAAAUUAUGCCUGUACGGGGUCUCUCUGUUCCAUUUAAUCAUUAAAAUGGUCCUUAUUGUGCUAAGCCUUAAGCACCAGACAUUCCAGGGUGAAAAAAACAGAUGUGUGCUUCCCACCAGAGGUUCCCAAUUGCAUCAGCUUCCAGAAGUAAUCUGCUUUCUGGUACAGAGAGAGCUUUAUUCUUCAGUGACUUUGUGCUACACCCUUUGCAUGACUAUCUUUAUACAGUAUGUUAGAUCUACCAUGCAGUGAGCCUCUGGCCAGCAAGUAGAUAACUGUUUGAACACGAUGCAGGAGGCGAAGAAGUCCUGAUCAUGAAUCCCAGGUCUGUCACUGACUGCUUUCAUGGCCACAGGCAAAUCAAUUAAUUUUUCUGGCUC